UGGGACAAGCAGCAGCGGCUCCUAGCUAGUGUGCAGGGACAGACAGAUCAGUUACUAAUGCUCGCCCGCUGAAGGUGACCCACAACACCAGCCGCAGCUCCCCAAGUCACCGACUCGCUUUUCUCUUUCUCUCUCAGAGUGGUAUAGUUCCCACAUCUUCAUAACAAGAAGAAACUAUAUCCUUCAGUGGAGGAACUUCAACAAGGGAGCAUAAUCUUAAUGUUACUGUGACACAGCUGAUGGUGACAGCAAGAAGUAGUUGUUCAUGAAAAGUUUCCCCCAAGAAAAUGCAACGUCUCAGGUCACACACUUUCGAAGGAGAUAGAACAAGGCGGCUGGAUGUAGAGAUGCGUGCGUCCAAGCGUGCAGAAGCCAGGCUGCGGAAUGGACUAAACAAUUUGGAGGAGGCAAGAUUUUAUUGCAUUGAUAGAAUGAUCAAAGAACAACGGCAGAUCCAGAGAGACCUGAUAAGAAUAAAAAAUGGUUAUUCCAAGAAGACAUUGGGAAAUCUCGGAAUGCUGCAUCCAGAUUAUAGCACUUCAACCAGAGGAAAGUCUGGCUUGAGCAACCUCAUUUUACCCAGCAUUCCGGGUGCGAAGAAUCACGCUGUCACACUGGAGACAGAAAGAAUCAGGACACAAAGCUGCUACCCUGCAAAGGCUGGCAGGAUUGGGAUGCCACCCAGUGCCUCUCUCGCUUUGCAGACACAGAUAAAUGACUUCCUCAACGGGUUGAGCAGCAAGCAGGAGAAGUCUGAUGGGCACUCAGGCGCAGAACAGACCCAGCCUGGCAUGCCAUCUGGCAAGCUCAAAACCGAACCCUCAAUCAACAGCAUCAAGUUGUCCUCCCUGAAGCACCCCAAUGCCAAGCACGUGAGUGUUCCUGAGAAGCCAGCAGUCCUGAAUGAAGCCAGUGGGAGAGAAAACCAAAGGGCAGAUGGCCAAACAGAGCAGGAAGUGAGCAACGUUGAGACAGAUAGCAGCGAUCAGGCCCAAGGGCAAAUCAGAUCCAGGGAGUCCACAAGCAGCCCACAGCUGUCAGCUUGCGAUGGAAAUCCCGGAUACAAUUCAGAGUUUUACGCUCCGGAUGGGUUGCCCAGAACCAUGCACACCAUGCCCAGUUUUCUGGAGGCCUUUGCCGAAGCAAAGAAAGCGAGGUACAUCAGGCACCGGGUCAAAACCGAAGAUGAGAGGGAACUCUCGAUCAGCGAAAUCUUUGCGAAGAGAAAGGUGCUUGGUCGACAUAACGCUGUCAAAGAGGUGGAAACCAACAAGGAAAAGCUCUUCCCAGGAAUACAUGCAGCUUAAAAGAACAUUCAAGGAUCUAUUAAAAGAAAUGAAAAUAAAUUCCGUGCCAUAAUGACAACAUCCUCCUUUUGUGAGAUAGUCCCAAAAUAUGCAUGGGUUUCCAUUGCAGUGGUUGAGUUAGAAUAAUGCCCUGUUCUCCAAUCUUGACCCUGCCAGGGACCUUGCAAGGGUCAUGGGAGGGCAUCUUGUCAGCUUGGCACUGGCAGGUGGAAGUAUGACCAGAUACCCCAAAUGAAAGAUGUCAAGUAAAGUUCCCUUUUGACCCAUGCACUGGUUCAAUCAUUCCAAACCAAAUUUGUGUUUCAUAGAGUGAAAAAAAUUGCUCAGUUGAGCCUCUAUAUGUGCCUUUAUGGAGUACAUGUAUAGCUUACCUCAUUGAACUUGCGGGCUGCACUGCAGCAUUGCUGCCAAGUCCUGACUUCAAACCUCCUGCCCCAUAUCCUUGAGAUGUUGUACCCAAGUGAAUAAUAAUACAUUAUACUGAAGGAAAGUCACACAGGACUUGAAACAUUAACUCCAUUUCUGUCCUCACAGAUGCCUGAUGAAGGGCUUAUGCCUGAAACGUCAAUUCUCUUGCUUCUUGGAUGCUGCCUGACUGGCUGUGCUUUUCCAGCACCACACUCUUCGACUCCAGCAUCUGCAGUCCUCAUUUUCUCCUCUCAGAUGCAGCCAGACCUUCUGAGUUUCUCCUGCAUUCUCAGUUUGUUUGAUUUCCAGCAUCCACAGUGUUUUGCUUUUUAAUAUGUGAUACCAAUCGCUGUCCGUCUUGAAAGUUGAAAGUGACCUAGUGUCUUGAGAAAGAGAAUUCUAAAUUCCUAUUCCCCAUUUCACAAGAAACUACUUCCUGAUUUUGCCACUGAGCUACCUAGUUUUUGAUUCAGCUAAUUAAAUAGUCUCUCUAUUUUAAUCCUGCAAGUCCAAAAGUGUGGUGCUGGAAAAGCACAGUAGGUCAGGCAGCAUUUGAGGAGCAGGAGAAUUGAUGUUUUGGGCAUAAGCCCUUCAUCAGGAAAGGUGUGGGAAGGGGGAUGAGAGAUAAGUAGGGGCGUUGGGGUGGAGCUGAGGAGAAGGUAGCUGGGAAGGUGAUAGGUGGAUGCAGGUGGGGGUGAUGGUGACAGGUCAGUGGAGAGGUUGGAGAUGGACCGGUCAAGAGGGCAGUGCCAAGUUGGAUGGUUAGUUGGAGGGAUGAGGUGGGGGGAGGGGAGGUUUGAAAACUAGUGAAGUCAAUGUUGACGCCGGGUAUCAUUUGUGUAAAAUAAAGAAAGGUUACUGGACUCAAAAUGUUAAUGCUGUUUCUCUCUACAGAUGUUGCUGCUCCAAGUUUGUAUCAUUCUGGUAAAUCUAUCCUGCAUUCCCUCAAGGGUGGUGCUUCUUAGCUGAGGUGCAGUGACCAGAGCAGAUAACACCAAAACUGGAGGUGUAGUGGACAGCGAAGAGGUUUACCUCAGAUAACAACAGGAUCUGGACCAGAUGGGCCAAUGGGCUGAGAAGUGGCAGAUGGAGUUUAAUUCAGAUAAAUGCGAGGUGCUGCAUUUUGCAUUUUGGGAAAGUAAAUCUUAGCAGGACUUAUACACUUAAUGGUAAGGUCCUAGGGAGUGUUGCUGAACAAAGAGACCUUGGAGUGCAGGUUCAUAACUCCUUGGUCAUGUUGCAGCUGUACAGGACAUUGGUUAGGGUCUAGAUUAGAGUGGU